AUGGAAUUAAUUAACAGUGCCACUGGGUCCAUUGGAAAUGCUCGGAUUGGCGGCCAGCCGUUUACUCUGAUUGAUAAAUCCGGGCAAAUCGUUAACGAGUCGAUUUUUCAAGACAGAUUUUCUCUACUUUAUUUUGGGUUUACCCAUUGUCCCGACAUUUGUCCCGAAGAAUUGGAUAAAUUGACAGCAAUCGUCAAUGAGAUGGAUAAACAUCCAAGCACUCGUGACCUCAUUAACCCGGUUUUCGUUUCUGUGGACCCGAAACGAGAUACGCCAGAAGCCAUUUCUGAAUAUUUGAAAGAUUUCCACCCAAAGAUGAUGGGGCUUACGGGCACUAAAGAACAGCUGCUGAAAUUCGCAAAGCAAUAUCGUGUAUAUUUUAGUGUUAAUCCGCUAACCGACGAAACCAAGGAAGAUUAUCUUGUCGACCAUUCUGUGUUCUUUUACCUUGUUGGACCGGAUGGUAAAUUUCUAGACUUCUUUGGAAGCGACAUGGAGCUAUCAAAAGUUAUCUCCAAGCUCAAUGAAAGAAUAUCGCAGUUUAUUUACCAAUAA